ACUCCCCUCCCCUCACAGACUCUUCCGUGUCCCAGAUAACAUUCAAUGAGAAAUUUCUGCAAUUAAUUAAUAGUAAUAAACUUAUCCUUCGUAAGUACUACAGUAUAAUCAUAAUCAUCCGUAUCUAUCUUAUUAAUUAAUGUAAUAGUAGGUGGGUUUCUGUUACAAUUGUCCAAUAAAGACAAAGUAACCCUUUUAUUACACUGACCCAAAUCUUCUAAUGAUUCAAUUACACUCAAAAUCCACUUUUUUUUCCUAUUUCUUUUCUUCACCUAACCCUGUUCCUAUUUUAUUUCCCCACUUAAUUUUUUUUUUUCCCUUCCACUAACCCGUUGAAUUGAAGCAAGCCACGCAGGUUUUACCUGGCGUGGGUUGGACCGAAAGUUGAAACAUAUCCUACUUGAGAUAUAGUUUGUGGAAUUUAAUAUUUUGAGGUAAACCCCAUCACUUUGCGGCUAUUUGGGGGCUUGUUUCUUUGGAGAGUGAGGUCAUCCAUCUCAUAGGUGACACCCCAAGUUUCCAUUUGUUUUAAAUUGAUUAUUUUGUGAGAAUAUCUGCUCAAAUCAAGAAGUGGGUCGUUGCAAGAUAUGUGUUUUCCACCUUUCGUUUGAUCACAUUGUUCGUCCUCUCUAAUUAAAAAAAAGGAGCUUUUUUAGGUGGGGUUUGUACUGUGGCAUUGUUUGAAGUAUCUUUUGAGGUUUGAGCGUGAACGAAUUGUUAAUGGAUCAAAACAGAAGCGAGGGAAGAGGUGAGGUAUUGGGUCCGGUUCAUGAAGGAGUUGUUGUUGUCAUUGAUGCAGUAGAUGGGAGCAGCUUGGGUGGAAGAGUUAGUAUAAGUGGAGAAGCUGGAACUUCAGGAGAGGUUGGCAAGGAUUUGGGAUCUGAUAAGGAGCUAAAGGAGGUGCUUGAGGAAGUUAAGGGUAAGGACAAGCAUGAUCAAGAAAAUAUCAGUGAUAAUAAAUUGCUUGGUGUUGAUCAGGGAACUAGUUAUAAUUCAAACCAUUUGGUUAAUCAGGUAGUGAUUGAAACUGUGGUUGUAAUUGAGUCUGUUCAGACUGAGUAUGUCAAUGGAGAUAAUAGGAAAUUGGAAGCAAAAGUUGAUGAAUCAGGGUUGAGCUUGGUAUCCAUGAAAGCACCAGAAGGGGUGUCUGAAACUGAUAAAGAUUCAUGUGUGAUUGAUAUAAAGAGCGGCAGCUGCAAAAAGGUUUAUGAGAAUUCCGAAGGUGAAAGGGUUUGCAGGAUUUGCCAUCUGACUUCCGUGCAAUCGUUGGAUGAAACAACUGUUGGCACUGCUAGUAGUGCUAAAAGUGCAGAUUUGAUUCAGCUUGGUUGUGCAUGUAAAGAUGAGCUAGGCAUUGCACAUGCUCAUUGUGCUGAGGCGUGGUUCAAGCUUAAGGGAAACAGGUCAUGUGAAAUAUGUGGUGAGACUGCAGAAAAUGUUUUUGGUGUUACUAAUCAUGGAUUUAUGGAAAAGUGGAAUGAAAGAAGAUUCAUGGACGACGAUGGCAACUCAUCCCACAGGUUUGGCGGAUGCUGGCGAGGACAACCAUUUUGUAACUUCUUGAUGGCAUGCCUUGUAAUAGCAUUUGUUCUGCCAUGGUUUUUCCGUGUAAAUAUGUUCUAGCUGGUGAAUCAACCUCUAUUAUUCUUGCCUUCAAUUCUUCAUACUCGCAGAGUAUAGUGAGUGGCUGAUUGGUUUUUGCCAUACAUGCUAUGAUCCAUCACCACAUUUUAGUGGGAUGUUAAUGCUUAACCACAUGUCCAAGUUGACAUUCUGAGGGUGUGUGCCAUGAAGAUAUGAAGCUUCCAUGUAAAGAAAUUACCAGCUCUGGUUGCAUUCUUUGGAGAAUGUGUGUUGUUCAGAGGUGUAUUCAUCCAGAGAGAGAGAGAGAGAGAGAGAGUAUUUUACAUUUGGUGGCAGUAGAUCUUAUUUGUAAGAAUUAAGUAAAGAAUUUGCUGCAAAACAAACACAAAGUAGAGGUUUCUUUCUCUUUUUCACUUAUUUUACUUCCUUUUGUUUAUAGACAAUAUUUUGGAUUUAUUUGGCUCCAUGGCAUCCUAAUA